AUGAGUGUUGCCAUGAAUGUGUUUAAUUUAUGUUGUCAAAUCGUUGCCAAAAUGGUUGAAAAGUUCACAGAGAAGCAGAUCAGUGAGUACAAAGAGGCGUUUGCCUUGUUUGAUUACAAGGUUGAAGGUAAGAUACUCCUCAAGGAUAUUGGUUUGGUCAUAAGAACGAUUGGAUUUAAUCCAACCCUGAAGGAGAUCGAUGAAAUAAUUGCCAAUAACACCAACGAAAAAGGUACCAAGAUAGAUUUUCUAAAAUUUUUGAGAAUAAUGGCUGCCAGGAGGCCCGUCAAUGAUACGGAGGAAGACAUUCGAGCAGCCUUCAGAUUAUUUGACAAAGACCUGACUGGGUAUAUUAAUGUUGAAGUCUUAAGGAACAUCCUGGUGAAUAUGGCUGAAACAUUAUCGGAGGAUGAAGUUAAUGCGUUCAUCAGCGAAGCUGACACCAAUCAGGACGGACAAAUUGAUUAUGAAGCUUUUGUUGACAAAAUGAUAAGCAAAUAAUAAACAAUAAUUUAUUAUUAA